AUGUUCACGUUCACGCCACUGUUGGGCGCGCAAUCGUCGUCAUCCAAAGCGUCACAGUCAAUUCUCGAGCUCGACGGCGGUAUCAAGAUAUUGGUCGAUGUCGGUUGGGACGAUAGCUUUGACAUUCGUGAUCUUGCGGAGCUAGAAAGACAAGUCCCAACUCUGUCCCUCAUUCUUUUGACUCACGCAACCCCGGCACACAUCGGCGCUUUCGUCCACUGCUGCAAGACCUUCCCUCUUUUCACACAGAUUCCCAUUUAUGCGACGGGCCCGGUUGUUGCCUUUGGCCGUACGAAUCUACAAGACCUUUAUGCUUCGGCGCCACUCGCUGCUACAUUCCUGCCCCAAGGGUCUAUCUCAGAGCCCGGCGCAAAUGCCGCCGCGUCCGGGAUAUCACCAACGGAAAAUGGAAGUGGAAACGCCGAAGCUGCUGGCAGCAACGGCCGCAUUCUGCUUCAGCCACCUACUGCGGAAGAAAUUGCCCGAUAUUUCUCCCUCAUCACACCUCUUAAAUACUCGCAACCACAUCAACCCCGUCCAUCCCCAUUCUCGCCGCCCUUGGAUGGCCUUACUCUUACCGCUUAUAAUGCCGGCCACACAGUCGGUGGAACGAUAUGGCAUAUUCAGCAUGGCAUGGAAUCUAUUGUUUACGCGAUGGAUUGGAACCAGGCACGCGAGAGCGUGGUAGCGGGUGCCGCAUGGUUUGGAGGAUCCGGGGCCAGUGGAACGGAAGUCAUUGAACAAUUGCGCAAACCAACAGCUCUUAUUUGUAGCUCAAAGGGAGGUGAUAAGUUUUCGCUUUCCGGGGGGCGCAGAAAGAGGGAUGAUCUCCUUCUCGAAAUGAUUCGGAACACCCUGGCUAAAGGUGGUACCGUCCUUAUCCCAACAGACACGAGCUCUCGGGUUUUGGAGCUGGCAUACGCGCUGGAGCAUGCUUGGCGUGAUGCUGGAGCAGGCGGCAAAGAGGAUGUACUUCAGAGUGCAGGUCUUUACCUGGCUGGCAGGAAGGUCAAUACCACCCUGCGCCUCGCUCGGAGUAUGCUCGAAUGGAUGGACGAGAAUAUAGUUCGCGAAUUUGAGGCUGCCGAGAGUGCAGAUGCAACUGGCCAACAAUCUGGUGGCCAGGGGCAAGACAAAGGCACUUCUAAGAGUGGCGGCGGUCCCUUCAACUUCAAGCAUCUCAAAACCAUCGAGCGGAAAAAGCAACUUGAGAAGCUCCUGUCAGACCAGGGUCCUAAAGUGAUUAUUGCCUCUGACACUUCAUUGGCUUGGGGCUUUGCGAAAGAAUCCCUGCGACAAAUUGCUGAGGGACCGAACAACCUGCUGUUGCUGACGGAAUCUUUCCGUAAAAAUGCACCCCUUGAAGGCUCAGAGUUGUCGAAUACUGCAUCCAUCGGAGCGACUAUCUGGCAGUGGUACGAAGAGCGGAGAGAUGGCGUUGCGCUGGAGAAAACAUCAGACGGCGAAAUGCUGGAACAAGUCCACAGUGGUGGACGGGAAUUGAAAUGGGCGGAUAUUCAGCGAGCUCCCCUCGAUGUAGGAGACCAGCUUGUUUAUCAGCAAUACCUUGCCACAAAGCGACAACACGAAGACGCCUCUCAGACUCGUGGCCAGGAAACCCUCGAGAAUGCCGCAGACGCGCUGGAUGACCGAUCUAGUUCAACCUCGUCAGAAGAUUCAGAUGGUGAGCAGCAAGGUCGUGUUCUGAAUUUUUCGACUUCACUUGCCCAUGCAAACCGAAACAAGCUGGCCCUCAGUGAUGAAGACCUGGGAAUCAAUAUUCUGCUUCGGCGCAGGAAUGUCUACGACUACGACGUACGUGGGAAGAAGGGGCGUGAGCGCAUGUUUCCUUAUGUUGCACCCCGAAAGAAGGGAGACGAAUAUGGCGAAUUCAUUCGACCUGAAGAAUACUUGCGAGCAGAGGAACGCGAGGAAAUUGAUAUGCAACAACGCCGAACAGACGCAGAAACUAAGCUCGGCCAAAAGCGACGAUGGGACGAGACCGCUGGUUCCGGCGGACGCAGGUUAUCGGGAGGCGCCGCGGGCCGCAAGCGCCAGCAGCUCAAAAAUGGCGAGAAGAUUGACUCCGGUGCAGACAAUGACAGUCUUGCAGACGACGGCGAAGCUGGUGAUGUUGCUGCAUUUUCAGAGGAUGAGGCGGACAGCCAGGCAUUCGAAGGCCCUGCUAAGGCUGUAUACACCAAACAAUCAAUCACCAUCAAUGCUCGUAUCGCCUUUGUCGACUUUAUGGGCGUGCAUGAUAAGCGAAGUCUCGAAAUGUUGAUUCCUCUGAUCCAACCCCAAAAGCUGAUUCUUGUUGGCGGAAUGAAGGAUGAGACAUUGGCGCUUGCGAUCGAAUGUAAAAAGCUCCUGGUUGCUAAAGCUGGUGCUGACUCGGCUGCUGAUACGACAGCGAUCAUCUUUACCCCUGCUAAUGGCGAGCUCGUCGACGCAAGUGUUGACACAAAUGCUUGGAUGGUCAAGCUCAGCAACACCCUUGUUCGACGUUUGAAAUGGCAGCAUGUUCGCAGUCUUGGUGUCGUUGCAUUGACAGCCCAAUUGCGAGGACCAGAGCCUCCCAGCGAGGAGGAAGCCGAUCCUGAGGCAACCGGCAAGAAGAUGAAGCUGGCCAACGAGCAGGCCGCCUCCUCUGCGGUUGUUCCUAAGAGCGGGGGUAAAUCCGAUAUUUUCCCUCUUCUUGAUACACUGCCUGUUACUAUGGCUGCCGGGACCAGAUCUAUGACCCGGCCGUUGCAUGUCGGUGACUUGCGGCUGGCUGAUCUGCGAAAACUCAUGCAAGCAGCUGGCCAUACUGCUGAAUUUAGGGGUGAGGGUACGCUGCUUAUCGAUAAAUUAGUGGCUGUCCGGAAAUCUGGUACUGGUAAGAUUGAGAUUGAGGCAUCCGCCCAGGCAGCUGCCAACCAGAAAGCUCUAGGCCGAGAUUCCGCUAGCUUCCUUGCUGUCAAGAAGAAGAUCUACGAGGGACUUGCCAUUGUGACAGGAAGCUGA